GUGUGUGUAUGUUUCCAUUCGUGCCUAUGUGUACGUACGAGCGGUCUGCGGUCUGUGCUGUGCCAGAAAUUUAAAUUCGAAAUUAAUCGAAUUAAAUAUUGCAAAAAUAGUCAACAAUUUGCUGAAUUCGUUUGUCAAACGAGCGGAACCAACAACAAUAACACCAAAAUUAACUUAUGCUGUCUGUGUGCGUGUGUAUGUGCCUAUAUAUAUGUUUGUGUGUAGGUGGAAUUCAUUUGAAUGACGAAUUUAAUGAGCUGAAAAAAACGCCAAUCACUUUCACACAUUGCAUAGAUGAAAAUUGAAACAGCCGACAACAAAGACGAGCAGCGGCUGUCGACGCCGACGUCGACUGAGGCAGCGACAGAAACAGAGGCAGCGACUGUGGGCGCAUUGAUUACAUUUUCAUAAUCAACGAAAUACAAGAAAAGCAACAACAACAAAAAACUAACAAAAAAGUAAAAAAAAUACGAAAAAAGUUGCAGUUGGUUUCAAUGAAAAUCGCAUAAUGGAGACAACACCUGAAUCGUGUGGCACAGCACGCGAUUCUGUGGAGGCGUUGGAACUGGAGUCGGAUACGGCGGAGACAGAGGUAGAGGCAGAGACAGUGGCAGUGGCAGCGGCAGCAGAGGCAACUGAGGCAGCGACAGCGACUGCGAUUGCAGCUAACAACAUGUCCGAGUUAGAGCCCGCAGCUCUGGAUGCUUUGGAUGGGGACAACGACCAACAAAAGCAAAACAACGAUUCACUGCAGCCGCACUCAAUGGAGCCCAUCUCCAUGGACGAUAUACCGGAGCCCAUCAAAGUGCUGGAUGAUAUCAUAUCGGAGUUCGAGGAGGCAACCACCAAGCCGGCGGCACUGCAUUGCAACAGCGGCGAGAAUCAAUCGGAAGACGAUGGCUAUAUGAGUCUAAGUCGCAAAAAUAUGUCUAAAAAGGACUCGGAGGAUGUGCCACAAACACCCAGCACGGACACCGUGCCCGAGGGCAGCUUCAACGAGGUUGACGGCACUGCCGAGAAUUUAACCAAAUUAUCUGAGGCGGAGCACAGCAGCCAGGAAGCGACAACGCCGCUCAUACAGACAACGCUGCCCAAGGCACGUAGCGCUAAUUCGACGCCAGCCAUCAGCUCCAACUACUCGAGUCUGCCCUGUUGCGGCGCACGUGCCUCCAAUGUGGGGGCCACCUCCACAUGCAGCUCGUCGAACGGGCUGGAGGCAGCCGCCACACGCACCGGCAGCUGCAAUGGGGAACGCAAUGCGCUGGGCAUCGAUAUCAGUGCCGUGCACAAUGCGGUGCUGCGCGGCAAUCUGGCCAAGUUGCCGGAGCCGAUGCUGAACGAGCAUCCGGUGACCAUCUAUCCGGGUCCGUCGGCCAAGGCUAGUGGCGAGGUUGGGGGGCGUGGCAAGCGUUUGGUAGAGAAACACAAAGCUGUCUGUCACAUGCUCAAUCCACAUUCCAUUAGCUCCAGCUCGUCGUCGGGCUCGUCGGGCUCCCAGCAUACGUCCAGCGGUGAAGCCUCGCCAGCGGCAUCCAACAUGAAUGUGGCCGCAGCCAAGCAGCCGUCGCAGCAGCAGCAACAGCAGCCGCAGCUGCAGCAGCAAUUGGAUGACUAUUCCGAGGACUCGCUGGAGGAGUCGACCAUCUCGACAGAGCUGACGCCCGUCAAGCAGAAUGGCGUCGCCUGGGAGAUACACUUCAAGAGCAAUAAGAAGAAGUCGAGCAGCGCAAGGAAAUCCAGCUCAACAGCUGCCAAAAAGCAACAGCAUAAGGACAACACUCUGACCGAUUUCAACAAUAGUUUCGCCUGCAACGAACAGAGCAUGCUGGGCAAGGGCACCUUUGUCAUACGUCGCUCCACGGCCAAGAAGCCGCCGCGUGCCGCCGACAUCUUUAGCAUACCGAAGCCGCCGCGCACCUCGCACGGCGCCGGCGCCAUUAGCAACGACUUCUAUACCAGCGACAGCGAACCGAGCGAAUCGACGUCGUUGCCACCGCCGCCGCCGCCGGCGCCCACCGAAGCCAAUUUCGUCUACAAGGAGUGCGAGGCGGCAGCGUCGCAAACGCGUCGUGGCCUGGAAAUGGCGGCGGCACACAGAGCUGCGCUCUCCCUGGACUUUGCCGAGGCCACCGAGCAUCUGAUCAUCAAUAAGCCGCUCAAGAGCAAGACGGCCAUGCUGACGGAGAAGCGGCUCAGCGCCGAGUCCAUGCCGGACAACACCUCCAGCAGCGAGGAGUUCGACGAGGCGCGUCUCAAUGGCAACGGCUACGAUCUGUUUGGCUACAAUGGCAACGAAGCGCGUGUCUCGACCGCAACCACGCCUCACACAGAUCUAGCGCCCACCCUGGAGGAGGAUGAGGAGUCUGACUUUAGCUACGGCUGUGCCCCACUCAAGCAGAUCGAGCAUAACAUAAGCGCGCUGCUCCGUGGCGAUAUGCCGCUGCCUGGCCAGCUUCAGUUACAGGCGAAUGGCUGCACUGCAGCGCCAGUCGGCUCCGCUGGUACAGCUGCCACUGCUGCUGCUGCUGCUGCCGCCGCUGCCGCUGCGGAGCUGCAUGCCAAACGUGUGCUCGAGUUCCGUCCGGGCGUGCACAAGUCGGAGAGCGCAAAGGAGAUGCUGUUAUCGCAGAGCAUCGGCUUUGGUCCGUUGCCACCGUCGCCGCCCAGCUCCAAUCCGGACAUUUUCGACUAUGAUGCACCGUUGCCCCCCUCGCCUGUGGAGCCACGCAAGCCACUCGAACUGCCGGCCACGGCCGGUAGUGCCAAUCGCGGCACUACCGUUGUCGAGGUACAUGCCACCGCCUCGGGCGCUGCGGUCCACAGCAGCAACAGCCACACGCGUCGCAGUCGCGACAAUGUGGCCGCAGUGCGUCAUUUCACUGAUGAGCUGCCAGCGCCGCCAGCACCGGCCCAUCAAACGAACAGCUUUGCCGACGGCUUGCCCGGUCCGCCGAUGGCACCCGCUGUGCCGCCCCAUCGUGCCGGACACUCGUUAAACACAAUGAAAUCGUGGAGCAUCGAUUCACAGUAUCGCAAGCGUUCGCCCAAAUUGUUUGGCUAUAGCAGCGGCAGCGGCAUUACUACGCCCACUGGGCUGGGCGGCAUGCCGCCGUUGCCCCAGCCCCCGAUGGGCACCAUCGGCUCCUGUGAUGGCGGCUCAGUGGCCGGCACGGGCUCCUAUCAACGGCGCUAUAUCAACUAUGGCACCAAGCGCAGCCUGAAGCAAUCGCCACGCGAAGAGCAUCGCCUGCAAACCUCAUGUAGUCUUCCUGAAACGCCAAUCUUUGCCAGAGGCUGUGACAUACCACGUACGCCAUAUCGUCGCCAAAAUGAUCCCAUACCUGUGAGUGGCUCCCGCACUGCGCCACGUUCCAGCACAUCGAACAGCAUCAAUAUGGGCAACUCCAUCCUGGGCAUAGGCGCUGGCGCCUAUGGCACCGCUCAGAUCUGUCGACAGCGUUCGAUCAAUCAUGCCUUAGCCUCCAAUGAAAUGCUGCGCAUGACGGGCGCACCAGCGCGCGGCUGGUAUCCGAAGCAGCGCAACAUGCGGCCCGCCUCCACGGAGAACAUCGAUCGACUGGCCUCGGUGCGUGUCUGGGACAAUCCGGCUGGCAUGUCCGGCACGGGCCAAUCACGCAAGCCGCUCACCCUGCCGCCCAACCUGACGCCCUCCUUCCUGAACAAGUCGCCGCGCGAAGCGCUGCGUCGUGUCACCAGCUUGCUAAUCACCAAGAAGAAGCAUAAUAAGGAGCGCAAGCACAAGGCGUACAGUGAUCUGCCCAUGGAUGAAAGCAAUAGCAAGCAUGCCUAUGAAUUUGAAACUGGUUCCACAAAACGCAAAGAAAGCAGCAGUCGCAGCAAGGACACUCCUGCCGCCACUGCUGCUGGUGCUGCUGCCACGCCCAAGGCCAAAAAGAAGGGUCUCUUCAAGACGCUGUGGAAGCGUACGAAAACCGCCUCGCUGGAUCAAUAGAGCAGCCAAAACAACAAUAACAAUAAAAUAUAUACCAAACUUGAUUACGAACGAAGCCAAAACACUGCCCCUCACAACCUCACCCAACUAACAUACAUAUAUGUAUAUGUUUUUAAAGAACGUUGAUAAUAACCGCACCUCUAUAUGAAACUCACCUGCUCAGCCAUCAAUAUAUAUAUCACAAUUCUCACACGCGCGAACAGUUCGAAAAAUUUUCACACACGCUCAUUCGUUUGUAAAUUGCACUGAAUAUGCAAACAAAUGAUACAUAUAUGUGUAUAUCCAUCGUACAUAUAUAUAUAUGUAUACAACUAUAUCGGUCAUAUAAUAAUGCGAAAAAAACUGAAUAAUUCAAAAAUGCACAAAGCCGUGAAUCGUAAAGACUGAAAAAUAAAAAAGAAAUUAAUUAAAUGAAUAAAUAAAAUGUAAAUGAAACGAUGAAAAAAAAAAAAACAAACUUUUGGAAAUGCCACAACAGACCAGAUCAGCUAACAACAAACAUAUAUACAUAUGUAUAGAUAUGAAUAUCAGCAAUAAAAUUGAGUUUUGAGAGAGUAGUCUUGCAAGCAAUUCCAUGGCCGAAACACACAAUAAAAGCACGCAACGAUGAGCAAAAUAAAAUAAUAAAAAAAAAAAAUUAAAAAUUAACAAAAGAAAAAAAA